UAUCCAGAUUCAGUGGUUGAAGAACAAGUGGUGGUCAUGUCUUUUAAUAGUUGUGUUGGUCCUUAGGGCCAGUUCUUUGUUACUGUGUGUUUCUUAAACUGAACAGUUCAAAACAGUUAACUCCACUAUGUCUGAAGCAAUAUUGGUGGCAUUAAGGUUAGUGCAUGGAUUCCCAAGAAAGAUAACUUGAGGCCACACUGUUUAACAUAUAUCAAUUCAAUUAUGUUCAAUCAACACUAGUCCUCUUAUCUCUGAGAAGAAGGAUUUCAGGUCUUGGAUAACUCAAAAAUAAUCAUCUGUUUGUAUGAGAGGAUGCAGUAAACGGUUAGGCCUCUUAGUGUCGCUGUUGACCACUCAAGAAGGAGAACGCAGCUGGAGAACUAGUCCACCAUUUCCUUGCUCCUGCAAUGCAAAGAACCAGCAAAUUAGACUCAGAAAAUCCGAGGCGGCUGCCAACCUCACCUCUUAGUCAACGAGCGGUUUGACCUGUGAAUUAGGCCCAUAAAAUACUUCGUUUCUUGAGAAAAUAAGAUUGGAGUCCGUCGUGGGAAACUGGAACCGAAUUCAGAGAAAGCUAUUCCCCGAAAAGGAAAUGACCAAAUGCCUGAGUUUCCGAAAUGGCAGAGGACUGGCCCUGCUGUGCGCGCUUCUGGGGACGCUGUGUGAAACAGGAUCCGGUCAGAUCCGCUACUCGGUGUCUGAGGAGCAAGAUAAAGGUUCCUUCGUGGGCAGCAUCGCUAAAGACCUGGGGUUAAAGCCCCGGGAGCUGGCUGAGCGCGGAGUCCGCAUCGUCUCCAGAGGUAGGACGCAGUUUUUCUCUCUGAAUCCGCGAAGCGGCAGCUUGGUCACCGCGGAGAGGAUAGACCGGGAGGAGCUCUGCGCUCAGAUCCCACUGUGUCUGGUAAAAUUUAACAUCCUGGUUGAGGAUAAAUUGAAAAUUUUUGAAGUAGAAAUAGAAAUUAAAGAUAUUAAUGAUAAUGCUCCUAAUUUCCCAACAGAGGAAUUGGAAAUAAAAAUUGGUGAACUAACGGUUCCUGGAACCCGAUUUCCACUUAAAACUGCUUUUGACCCAGAUGUAGGCAUGAACUCCCUGCAGAACUACAAGCUUAGCCCUAAUGACUACUUCUCUCUGGCUGUGAAUAGCGUCUCUGAGGGGGCCAAGUAUCCAGAGCUGGUGCUGGAGCAGGCCCUGGACCGUGAGAAAAAAGAAAUUCACCAGCUUGUCCUGGUUGCCUCUGAUGGUGGCGACCCUGUCCACUCUGGCAACUUGCACAUCCAAGUGAUAGUCCUGGAUGCAAAUGACAACCCACCAAUGUUUACUCAGUCUGAGUACCGUGUAAGUGUUUGGGAGAACGUGCCUGUGGGUACCCGGCUGCUCACAGUGAAUGCUACUGACCCUGAUGAGGGAUUCAACGCUCAAGUGUCUUAUAUUCUAGAUAAAAUGCCUGGGAAAAUCGCUGAGAUUUUCCAUCUCAACUCAGUGAGUGGAGAAGUAUCAAUAUUAAAAAAUCUAGAUUAUGAGGAUGCCAUGUUCUAUGAAAUUAAAAUUGAAGCACAGGAUGGACCAGGUCUUCUUUCAAGAGCCAAGAUUCUACUCACGGUUCUGGAUGUGAAUGACAAUGCUCCAGAAAUUACAAUUACGUCUCUCACAGGCUCAGUCCCAGAAGAGGGCACCGUUGGAAGAGAAAUUGCUCUUAUCGAUGUGCAUGACCGAGAUUCUGGGCAGAAUGGGCAGGUUGCAGUUUUUGUCCUGGGAAAUCUGCCAUUUAAGUUAGAAAAAUCAAUAGACCAAUAUUACCGCUUAGUGACGGCCACAUCCCUAGACCGCGAACAAAUGUCAGAAUAUAACAUCAGUCUGAGAGCCUCAGAUGGGGGAAGCCCGCCACUGUCCACAGAAACUCACAUCAUCUUGAAUGUGAUUGACAUCAAUGACAACCCACCCACCUUCCCUCACUUAUCCUACUCCGCCUACAUUCCAGAAAACAACCCCAGAGGAGCCUCCAUCUUCUCAGUGACGGCCCAGGACCCAGAUAGCAACGACAACGCCCACAUCACUUAUGCAUUGACCGAGGACACCCUCCAGGGGGCGCCCCUGUCCUCCUACGUCUCCAUCAACUCCAACACUGGCGUCCUAUAUGCGCUGCGAUCCUUCGACUACGAGCAAUUUAGAGACUUGAAACUACUGGUGACAGCCAGCGACAGCGGGAACCCUCCACUCAGCAGCAACGUGUCGCUGAACCUGUUCGUGCUGGACCAGAACGACAAUGCGCCCGAGAUCCUGUACCCCGCCAUCCCCACAGAUGGUUCCACCGGCGUGGAGCUGGCGCCCCGCUCCGCAGAGCCCGGCUACCUGGUGACCAAGGUGGUGGCGGUGGACAGAGACUCGGGCCAGAACGCCUGGCUGUCUUACCACCUGCUCAAGGCCAGCGAGCCAGGACUCUUCGCGGUGGGGCUGCACACGGGCGAGGUGCGCACGGCGCGAGCCCUGCUGGACAGAGACGCGCUCAAGCAGAGCCUCGUGGUGGCCGUCCAGGACCACGGCCAGCCCCCUCUCUCCGCCACUGUCACGCUCACCGUGGCCGUGGCAGACAGGAUCCCCGACCUCCUGGCCGAUCUGGGCAGCCUCGAGCCCUCCGCCAAACCCAACGAUUCGGACCUCACUCUGUACCUGGUGGUGGCGGUGGCCGCGGUCUCCUGCGUCUUCCUGGCCUUUGUCAUCGUGCUGCUGGCGCUCAGGCUUCGGCGCUGGCACAAAUCACGUCUGCUGCAGGCUUCGGGAGGCGGCUUAGCGAGCGUGCCCGGCUCGCACUUUGUGGGCGUGGACGGGGUGCGGGCUUUCCUGCAGACCUAUUCCCACGAGGUCUCCCUCACUGCGGACUCGCGGAAGAGCCACCUGAUUUUCCCCCAGCCCAACUAUGCGGACACGCUCAUCAGCCAAGAGAGCUGUGAGAAAAGCGAGCAUCUUCUGGUAACUCAGGAUUUACUUGAAACGAAAGGAGAUUCCAACCUACUUCAGGUGAGUUUAUUUAUUUCUUUGAAUAUUAUGAAGAACAAUUAUGAGAAUGUGGUUAUUAUAAAGCUUUAACACAUGUGUAUUUGAGAAAUAAAGCCAUGAGGUUGUCAUUA